CUGAAAUUCAUAGCUAAAAAGGGUAGAAAUAUAAACAAAUUAAGGAUAGGUAGUAUCUCAUGAAUUCACCACCAUCACACAUUUUUCUUAUCAUCUUCCUUCUUAAGAUCAGAUAGGAUUUGGGUUUCUUCCACGUGGCACCUAUCCAUGGUGCUUAAUUUCCAUGCUGUAAUUAAAUUCAUAAAUAUACACAAACAUUAUUAAAAUUCCUCAAUUCCCUAACCUUGCGUGUGUGGUCGCUGAAGUGUAAUGUCAUCACUUAACAAAACCAACGGCUAAGAUUAUCCUAAAAUCAUAUCCACUUCUUUAAAAUAACACAGUAGUAUUAUAUAUAGAAAGAGUUGUAACAUAGAAAUUAACUAAGCAAGAGAUCGAGUUUGUAUAAUACUAAUAAUAGUAAGCAAAGAGGAGUGAGUAAGUGUUACAAAAUGGCUUCCUCCGUCCUCUCCUCCGCCGCUGUCGCCACCGUCAGCCGUACCCCGGCUCAAGCCAGCAUGGUGGCUCCUUUCACCGGCUUGAAGUCUACCGUAGGCUUCCCUGCCACCAAGAAGAACGAUGACAUUACCUCCCUUGCUAGCAACGGUGGAAGAGUCCAGUGCAUGAAGGUAUGGCCAACACAAAACAUGAAGAGGUACGAGACUCUAUCGUACCUUCCACCUCUUACCACAGACCAGUUGGCGCGGCAGGUCGAUUACCUUCUUAACAAUAAAUGGGUUCCUUGCUUAGAAUUCGAGACUGAACAUGGAUUUGUAUACCGUGAGCACCACAAUUCCCCAGGGUACUAUGACGGUCGUUACUGGACAAUGUGGAAGUUGCCGAUGUUCGGGUGCACUGACCCGGCCCAGGUUUUGAAUGAGCUCGAAGAAUGCAAGAAGGAGUACCCCAACGCCUUCAUCCGUAUCAUUGGAUUCGACAGCAACCGUCAAGUCCAAUGUGUCAGUUUCAUUGCCUACAAGCCUGAAGGCUACUAAUAAAUGAAUCAAGAAAGUUUGUGUAUUAUUUGUUGAUCAAGUAUAGUUAGUCCUUUGAAAACAUUUUUUUCUUCCGCAUAAGUUUGUCUUUUUUCGGAUUUUUAAUGCAAUGGGAAAGUUGAGCUUUGUACUCUAUGGGAAAUAAUAGCUUAUCCCUAACAAUUAUAUACAAAGUAUUUAUAUUUAUAGUUUGA